AUGGUGACACUAGGCGAGGAGGUCAUCACCACUGAUACGUUAGCUUUGACAGUGUGUUUGAGAGGGCGUAAUGGCCAAUUGCUGUGCCGGGAGGGAGUUGGACUGGAUAUUGGUAGUAGUAGUAGUAGUAGUAGUAGUAGUAGUAGUAGUAGUAGUAGUAGGGUAGUCAGCAAUAUGGCUGUUGUUGUUUCUGUUUCUGUUUCUGUUUCUGUUUCUGUUGUUGUUGUUGUUGUUGUUGUUGUUGUUGUUGUUGUUGUUGUUGUUGCUGUUGUUGUUGUUGUUGUUGUUGUUGUUGUUGUUGUUGUUGUUGUUGUUGUUGUUGUUGUUGUUGUUGUUGUUGUUGUCGUUGUUGUUGUCGUUGUUGUUGUCGUUGUUGUUGUUGUUGUUGUUGUUGUUGUUGUUGUUGUUGUUGUCGUUGUUGUUGUCGUUGUUGUUGUAUUCACCGCAACAAAAUCUCCAGACCUUACCAAGAAUCUAGUUGACCACACUGGCGUUCGCCCAAUGGACUGA